AUGGCUAAAUCAGCGAAGAGUCCUAUGAAAGCCAAACCUACAAAUAAAGAAUGGAACUCAGCACAUGUGUUCAAAAAAGGAAAGAACAAGUCCUCCGCAGGCGUAAGACCGAAAAAUAAGUUUCGUUCUACAGAAAUUAUGCAUAACACACCUACCGACAAGAUUGAAGCGAUGGAAGAGAUUUAUCGUAAGAGGGUGCUGACAGAAAUGAAAAACCAUGAGAAUGUGAAUCAUUUACUGCCCAUAAAAGUCAAAGGAAAAGGGCUUAUUAGCCGAAUCGCUCCUAAGCAGAUGGAAAGUAAGCACGAUGCAAGCUUAGCUGAAGCUAAUAACGAUCCAGCUGCGGAUGCAGACGCAGAUAUCCCUGGUGCACAGCCUGACGAGCCAGCAGUGUUGUCGCUGACCGAUAUCCUGUUUAAAAGAGAUGAGCAAAUUAAAGAGAAACAGUUCUACAUAGGUGCAACCUGUGCGGCAAUUCUAGAAAACCCUGAGGCGAGAAUCGAAAAUGUGGGUGCCUUGCUGGACUUGCUAAACGAAACAAAUCGAGACGGGUCUAUCAACCUCUUGGCGGUUCGUAAAACAGCGAUGAUUUCGCUUGUUGAAGUAUUCAAAGAUAUUGUACCAGAGUAUCGCAUUGGAAUUGUUGACAAGGAGCAACAAAAGUUGAAGAAAGAUACACUUGCACGUGUUAAUUUUGAACACAAGCUGCUCACUUACUAUAAACAAUUGCUGAAACACAUGGAGGGCCUCAUAAGUAAUUACACCAGGAAGAUGAAACAUUCGGAAAGGCAAUCCAUCGAAACACGCCAAUUGUUGGAAAUGGCUGUUCAGUGUAUGUGCGAUUUGGUACUAGCACAUCCGUACUUCAACUACAGUAUAAACAUCGUACAGGUGCUGGUGUUAAUGCUGAACAACACGAAGGAAACCGUACGUAAAAUGGUGCACGCUUGCUUCAGUUCCUUGUUCAAAACCGAUACGCGCUUAGAUUUGACGCAUCAUACCGUUCGUCAUAUUAACAUGCUGAUAAAGAAAAAGCAACAAAACAUAUACCCUGAGAUUAUUUCAUGUUUGAAAAACUUGCAAAUCAAUCGCAUCAACAUGAACGAUGACGUGCUGCUGGAGCUAAAAAAGCAAAAACUAGAAAAGCAAAAAUCGUACGUUAUCAACAUGUCACGCAAAGAGCGAAAGCGCAAGAAAAAGCUGGCAGAACUUGAAAAAGACAUUUUUGAAACAAAGGCCGAAGAAAGUAAGCAAGUCGUGCGUCGCAAGCUUACUGAAAUAUCGAAGUUAACCUUUAUGAUUUACUUCAAAAUUCUGAAACGAUACCCUGAGUCCAAAGUUUUGAGCGUGACACUAGAAGGAUUGUCCAAAUUUGCACACACGAUCAAUAUUGAGUUUUAUGCCGAUCUGAUUGAGCUGCUGAACAAUUUGCUGGAAAAUGUAGAGCUGGGAUACAGGGAGCAACUGCACUGCAUCCAAACAGUGUUCAUCAUACUGAGUGGACAAGGCGAGGUGCUUAACAUUGAUCCGGCAAGAUUCUAUUCCCAUUUUUACAAAAAUUUGCUCUACGUUAAUGCAGGCAAAAACCACGAUGAUAUGGAAACUAUUUUGAAAACUUUGGACAUCAUUCUAUUCAAACGUCGUCGAAAUGUAACAUACCAUCGUUACGUGAGCUUUGUAAAACGUCUUUCAACGCUUUGCCUACAGGUGCUGCCCAACGGUUCCCUAGGUCUUAUAUCGUUAAUUCGAAGCUGUAUCCAUAUGAACCAGAAGCUAGACAUCCUGCUUGAUACGGAUGCCGUCGUAGGUUCGGGAAAAUUUGAUCCAUUCAAUGAUGAGCCCGAAUUCGCGAACGCAAAUUGCAGCGCAUUGUACGAAAGCAGUUGCAUGGUACGGCACUAUCACCCGACCAUGCGUAAAAUGAUAACCAAUGUUCUGAAUAAUUCCGACACCGUUCCGAUCAAUGCUGGAAGAACAUUAACCCCUGCGGAGUUUUACACAAACUAUGACUGCUCGGAAAUGGUAUUUAAUCCAGAAAUUCCUCGUUCACCGAAAGUUAAGUAUGGUAAAAAUCACCGGAUGUCAAUGGCAUCGAAGAUAUCCACAAGAGAAAUGUUUAAGAAUUAUUUUAAUAUUAAAAAUGUUCCAAAAAUUGCAAUCAACAGAUCGAAAGAUUUGUAUCACGAUUACUUUUUAGAUUACGUCACAGGAUCGAAAGCAUGA